AUGGCGACCAAGAUCUUUAUCAUCCUUGUUUGCUUGAUUUCUAUCGUAGUCCCGGGCACAUCUGAUACGACGGAAUAUUCCAUUUUUUGGAAGGGACGUGUAUAUAAUGGCAAGCACAUCAAAAUCGAGGCUUGUCCUUACGAAGUAUCUAUGAACAUUCACCAAAACAACAUAUGUUCCGGUUCUAUCAUAUCCGAUUACUACGUUGUUACAGCGGCACGCUGCAUAACGACUCUCUUAUACGUUUUGGAGCCCUUCAAGUUUGGCAGAAAUUGCCAGAAAAUCAAACUGUUGGAAUCCGAGAAGGAAAUCCGUGAUGGUACUGUGGCCGUUAUUAGUGGCUGGGGUAGAAUUGGGAGCACCUACCCUUAUAAACUCCGAUUUGCUCGCGUGCCGAUUAUCGGUAAGACCGAAUGUAAUGAAACAUACAGUUCCGAUGGUGGAAUUGGUGCUGGACAAAUUUGCGCUGGAUAUAUGAAAGUUGGGGGUAAAGACGCUUGUGAUGGUGAUUCUGGUGGUCCUUUGGUUGUCAACAGAAUGCUUGCUGGGAUUGUGUCGUAUGGACCGGAUUGUGGUAAAUCAGGGGCACCGGGAGUUUACACAGAGAUCUCUUAUUUCAAAAUGUGGAUCAUGCAACAGACUAAUUUCAUACUAUGA